CAUGAACUGGCACUUGAUAAUCUCGGGGCUUAUUGUAGUGGCGCUUAAGGUUGUCGGGAUGACCUUUUUCCUGCUUUAUUUUCCACAGAUUUUUGGUGAAGGUGACGUCAACUUCACCCCCACAGGAAGCUAUGGAACAGUCACAGAGAUUUUUGGGACCAGCAACACCAGCGUCAUGCCUACAGAGAGCUCUGGAACAGCCUGUCCCAGAGGUUGGGAUUUUUAUCAAGGAUCAUGUUUCUUCCUGUCUUCCUUUGAGUUAACUUGGAAUAAGAGCAGAGAGUUUUGCGAAGCACAAGAAUCAACUCUGGCCAUUGUCAAUACACCAAACAAACUGAUGUAUCUUCAGAACAUUGCUGGUGAUGAGCGCUAUUUUAUUGGAUUACUAUACCAGCAUGCAGAGAAUCAGUGGCGUUGGAUCAACAAUUCCAUAUUCAAGGGCGAAGUCUCCAAUAUGAACCCGAAUUUCAACUGUGUGAUCAUAGGUUUAACAAAUACAUAUGAUGCCGCCUCCUGUGACACCAAACGCCGAUGGAUCUGUGAGAAGAGGGCCAAAUGAGUGUGGUCCUUUGGCCU